AUGCAAAGCAGUUUAAAUAGAACUGAACAUAAAAAUACUUUUUUCUUUUCUUCUUCUUCCUUCUUUUCUUCUUCUUCCUUCUUUUCUUCUUCUUCCUUCUUUUCUUCUUCUUCCUUCUUUUCUUCUUCUUCCUUCUUUUCUUCUUCUUCCUUCUUUUCUUCUUCUUCCUUCUUUUCUUCUUCUUCCUUCUUUUCUUCUUCUUCCUUCUUUUCUUCUUCUUCCUUCUUUUCUUCUUCUUCCUUCUUUUCUUCUUCUUCCUUCUUUUCUUCUUCUUCCUUCUUUCUUCUUCUUCCUUCUUUCUUCUUCUUCCUUCUUUUCUUCUUCUUCCUUCUUUUCUUCUUCUUCCUUCUUUUCUUCUUCUUCCUUCUUUUCUUCUUCUUCCUUCUUUUCUUCUUCUUCCUUUUCUUCUUCUUCCUUUUCUUCUUCUUCCUUUUCUUCUUCUUCCUUCUUCUUACUUCAUUCCUUCUUACUUCAUUCCUUCUUUCUUUUCUUCUUUCUUUCUUUCUUUUUUCUUUUUCUUUCUUUUUUCUUUUUCUUUCUUUUCUUCUUUCUUUCUUUUCUUCUUUCUUUCUUUCUUUCUUUCUUUUCUUCUUUCUUUCUUUUCUUCUUUCUUUCUUUUCUUCUUUCUUUCUUUUCUUCUUUCUUUCUUUUCUUCUUUCUUUCUUUUCUUCUUUCUUUCUUUUCUUCUUUCUUUCUUUUCUUCUUUCUUUCUUUUCUUCUUUCUUUCUUUUCUUUCUUUUCUUUCUUUUCUUUCUUUUCUUUCUUUUCUUUCUUUCUUUUCUUUUCUUUUCUUUCUUUCUUUUCUUUUCUUUCUUUCUUUUCUUUUCUUUCUUUUCUUUCUUUUCUUUUCUUUUCUUUCUUUCUUUUCUUUCUUUUCUUUCUUUUUUUUCUUUCUUUUCUUUUCUUUUCUUUUCUUUCUUUUCUUUCUUUUCUUUCUUUCUUUUCUUUCUUUCUUUCUUUCUUUUCUUUCUUUUCUUCCUUCUUUCUUUCUUUUCUUCCUUCUUUUCUUCUUUUCUUUCUUUUCUUUCUUUUUUCUUUUCUUCAGGCAAAUGGCAAGCACCAUCCAGUCUACUUGAUGCAUUAGAACAACAUUAUGCAUCACUAGAAGGAAAGAAGCUUCCAGCAUCCACAUCUAAGCCAGCAGGCUUCACUGCUGCUCUGAACACAAUGGCUGACCAAAAUCUUGGUUUUAGUGGUGUGUCAGAUGAAGAAAAAAAGAAAAUUCUUGAUGAUGAGAACCAAAGACUAAACCAGAUGAAGUCUACCGAAUUCUCAGAGACGACUAGUACAACCUCUGAGCAGCGGAUAAAAGAAUUGAAUCAAGUAUCACCUGCAGCAUCUCCACACCAUCAGCCAACAACAUUUGCCCCGACAAAUCCAUUCAGCACUGCUGCUUCGACUGAUCAAGGGUCAGAUCUACUUCUGGACACUGGUGUGGCAGCACCUGCAGGACCAUCAAAACCUAUUGAUGAUUUACUUGGUUUAUCAGCUACAUCUACCAAUCCUUUUGCUGACAGCCUCCCGGCUACUGCAGUUUCGCCUGGACAACCAACAACUAUGACAUCUAUGGGAUGGGGAGCUCAACCAACAGCUUCUCCUGCAAUAACUACCACUAAUCAUGCAGAAACCAGUUUUGCAACUGAUGCAGCUUUUGCAGCAGCCUUCCCAAACACUACGUCAGCUACAACAACAGCAGGUGUAAUGGACAUCAUAUCUCCUUCUAAUGCUGCUGCUACUACUUCUGCAUCUCCUCUUGCUGCCACCCUGGCUCCGAGCCCUUCACCGGUGCCACCUGCAGUCCACACGGAAUUGGACGAUCUUCUUGAUCCUCUUGAAUCCCUGGAUCCGCUGGCUCCAAAACGGCCGGUCAGCCCAGCAUUCGCACGACCGGUUAGUCCUGCUAUUGUUCCUCCGGCAAGUCCGGUCAUCAAUCGUCCUGUCAGCCCAGCAGCUGGUUCCACCUUCAAUCCACCGGUCAGUCCAUCCACUGCAGCUUUCAAUCCGCCGGCCAGUCCAUCGGCUUCAGGCUUCAAGCCACCAGCAAGUCCUUCAGGUCUGUUCUAA